AUGUUGCUCCUGGUUACAGUCACCCAGCUACAGUGGCUUGGAUUGGUGGGAAUGGCUUUAAGCGAAAGGGAAAUGAAUGGGAACGGGCAGGAGAAUUUCAACCCAGAGUGCAAAUUCAAAGAGAGUGUGUUUGAGAACUACUACGUGACGUACUCCUCCAUGCUGUACCGCCAAAGCCAGUCAGGACGCUCGUGGUACAUCGGCAUCAAUCGAGAUGGCCAAGUGAUGAAGGGCAACCGCGUGAAGAAGACCAAAGGGGCCGCACACUUCCUACCUAAAGUUAUCGAAGUGGCCAUGUACAAGGAACCUUCACUGCAUGAGCUUGUAGCGGAGCAGAGCCCUCCACGCAAAACUGUGAAGACUUCAGACUCCCCUUCUCACAAGAACAGCAGGAAAGAAGCCCCUAGAGCUGAUGCUUCAUAGCACAGGGGGCGCACAAAGGGAGGGUGAGGGACUACACUGACACUGAGAACUCCAUUUUCCUUCAUGCAAUGGGGACAGGAAGAGCUGUGUAAGUGGCUGCCAUCUGUGGGUUUUUAAUGGGGCGAGAUCAGACAGCAGUCCCUGGCUCACUGCAUUGAGCGGAGAAUCCUUGCCGCUCGACCAACGAACCAGCUACUAUAUAUUUCCAGUGACCCGACAUGGCACCUGACCCCCCAUAUGAUCCCUUAAUCCUCUGCAAAAACAUGUUUCUUUGCCCCCUCAUUGCCCUACUUAAGUUCUCUCAGGAUGUGAGACAAAAAAAUGCAAACAAUAUCCAUCCUAACUGAAGAAUUCAAUUGACUUUUCUUUCCCUAUGGU